CUUUCGAACUCGUUAAUUCGCCAAAGAAAACGGACGGUUGCCCCCAGCGAAAUGUUAUAUAAUGCAAAAAUGAAUGUCCCCGUAUUUCGGGGAGUUUUUCGCUUUCGAUUGGCAGCGGAUAGGAAAAACGCAAAAGCGAAAACCCCGAAAAACCCGAAAACCCAAAACCCGCUGAGAAGUGUUCCAAAGUUUUUCGUGCUAUGUUCCGGGCUUAUAUAAGCGGCUGUUGUACUGAAACGAAAGGAUCCACAGCCAGCACACGCACCAUCGAAAAAAAGAGAAAAUCCUUAUACAUAUACAGCCAGCCACGAGUGUGCGUGCGUGCGAGUGUGUGUGUCUGUGCGUCUGUGUGUGUGUGCGCAGUGUCAACGCAGCAAAUAAAACAAAAGUGAAAGUUAACACACAAAGAGCGAAGGAAGAAAGCCUCCGCAAAGAAAGCAAAGAGGACAGUCGAGGACUUAAAUGAAACGCGGAAAAUGCUGAUUUUUUAUUCAGAGUCCUUUGUGGUACACACGUUCUCGAGGGUUAUUGAAAGGACAUGAAUGUGAUUUGGGACUUUUUGUUCGUUUUUCAAAAUACGCCUCGACUUCCACUUCUUGGACUCUUGGCUCUAACACCAAUACCAACGCAGGGAAAAAGUCAGAGAAGCACACACGCAUAGGCUUACCACCAAUACCACCAAGCGAGAGGGCGACUUCUUUUGGUCCUUCUGGCCCUGCCCCGCUUCCGCUCCCUCUGCUUCCUCGCCAUCUUCUUGUUCUUGUUCCUAGCCAACGUCUUCUUCUUGGCUGAAAUCCGAGAAAAGUGGUAUGCGGAGUGCUUGCCUGGCCGCCCCAAGUAACUACUCACGCACACAGGCUCACUCGCUCCCUCGCUGCCUUGCUUGCCUCGCAGGACCAAAUGGGCGAGAGAGCGAGCGCACGGUAGUGUGUGUGGGUGGUGAGAGAGCCAUGGCUUACACCCACUCGCGCUCCUUGUGGAUGGAUCCCUGCGUUCGCUGUUUUCGUGUUUGCAGCGAAGCCAACAAAAACAACCAGCGGCUGAGAGAAAACUGAAAGCAGAAGCAGAGCAGCGAAUUAUAUAAAUUUCUUUGCAUGCCCGUGUGCAAGUGUGCCUGUGUGUGUGUGUUAGAUAUACGGGACUUCCACGACCGUUUUUUCGGCUUUUUUCCUCCUUUGUGUGUUGUUCGCGUUCGCUCGGUUUUACCGUUGGCAAGCUUCGGGAAAACUAAGCGCUAGUGAAAAUAUGCAAGCAAAGUGAAGUAAAUCGCAACAUAAAUUACCCAAAAGUUAUUAGUUCAAUCGCGAAAAGUUCCCGAAUCAUAUUCAUAUCCAUUCGCAUUACCGUAAAUUCGAGAGAGCGCGCAAAUAGAGCGCAUUGGGAAACCGAGAGCGUGAGCGCACAAAACAUUUUCGAACAUUACCCCCCAUUUUUUUGACUGAAAACACACACAUUAAUAUCGGAAAAAUGCCCCUAACAGUGCCUAACCACCAAUUCUUUGUCUUUGUGCAGAUUUCUUAAUUAAUUAAUAAUGUGAGCAACCCAAGCCCCAUACAAAAUAAAGAGAGAAAACCCAAUUCAACGAAGCAAACGAAUUUCAAAAUGUCCGAAUCCAAUUCCAUUUCCAAUUCCAAGGUUAUUGUGCAACACCAGCGGCCACAACCAAUCCGACAACAAUAAUCUACGCUUAAUAAAAUUAAUACUAUUAUGCGAGUAACGGAAAAUUAAAACGCUAAGCGGAGUGUGUUCGAACCAAAAUCGCGGUCCUCUACGCAGGUGAUUUGCAUGCUAGCCAGUUAUCAGCUGGAAGGGAACUGGGAACCUGGCUGCUGCGGAUUCAUGCCGCUGGAUGUGGACGCAGGGCAGCAACUGAAGCUGGAGCGGCUCUGGCGGGAUCAGAGGGAUCAGACGGAUCGAGAGAGAGCCGAUCGCCACCCAAGAAUACCGCUCCGCAGCCCACACUACUGAUGAUGAUGGGGCCAUGAGCCCAUCAUUAUUCGCAUUGAAUUGGAGUCGCAAGCGCGUCUCAAGCGGGCCUGCACCAUGCUAGCACCGCCGAACCCGAGGUCAAUAUGCGGCCAGGACCCGGGCUGGUCGUGAUGGCGCUUGCGUUUAUUUCGGGGGCUCGGCGUGGCAGCAGCAGCAGCAUCAGCUCAGCAACAGCAACACCAACAGCGGCAGCAACAUCUGCAGCAGCAGCAGCGGCGGCAGCAGCAACAUCCGCAGCAUCAACAUCCGCAGCAGCAGCAGCAGCAAACACAGCAGGCGGCCGUAAAAGGGGCAGAAGUGGCGGCGGAGUCGGAGGCGGAGGAGUUGCAACCACAUUACCGUCCACUGGCGAGUCGUCGUCAUCGUCAUUCGUUCGCAGCUCUGGCUCAUACCUGCUGCCCAUCUUCCUGCCCCACCACCUCGACUUCGCGCUCCAGUUCCACCCACAACUGCCGCCGCGGGAGUACAGCCAGGGCCGGGCCCACUCCGAGUCCUGGGCGUCCUCGAGGAUAGCGGACAGGCUUCAGCAGCGGCGACGCCGACGCGAGAGCAGCAGCAGCAGGGAUAUAGCAGGUAGGGCAGGCGGAACAGGCGGAUCGGGAGCGGAUACAGGAGGUCUGGCAGUCACAGCCGGUCACAGCACAGAGUCAAGCGAGGCCAACAACCAGGAGGAGGACGACGAAUAUCGCGGCCUGACAGUGCAGUUCCCCUCGUCGCAGGCCUACGACGAGGACCAGGACAUCUUUGCCCUGGUGGCCGAGGACGACCUGCUGUCCGAGGAGUCCUUCGAUCGACUGAUCAAGCUCAACGAAGACGCCGACGAGGAAGACUACAAUCUGCAGCAGCAGAACUUGCCGCAGCACAAGCAGCAGCAACAGCAACCCGGAGCGGAAACGGAAAUAGACACAGAGCCAGAGAGCGAGACGGAAACGGAGACGGAGACAGAGGCAGAGACAGAAGCGGAAGAGGAAGUGGAAAGAGAGACCGAACAGCAGCAGCAGGACGAGAGCCGACUGAUUGAUGAGGGUGUCCUGCAGCACAGCGACCGCAGCAACAGCCACUCGAAGGAGUUCGCCAUCAGCUACGAUAACAACAAUAACAAACGGGAGGCCAGCGGCCACAUCCUUGAUGCCCAGACGGCGCAGUUGAUUGGCCACAAGGAUAACACCGUGCCCGCCGUGGCCAGCACCGAGUCGGCAGGAGCCAGCAGCAUAACCACAUCCUUGCCAGCGCCCGUGGAUCUGAAGAAGUCCAUACUCGGGACUGCGACUUCGUUAACACGCCUUAAUCCUUGGAUAUCAGCCUGUGAUCUGGCACAGCCGGGCACAGGAACCGACUUGCAGGGUCAGUGCUCGGCUGGUACACUGCCCAUGGCCUGGGUCGAUGAGGGACCCGGGCCCCCAACCUGCCCGCGAUCCUGCGCCGAGCAGCAGCAACAGAAGCCAGUGGCCUCCAAGGCCAAGCGGAGUGCCACCAGUAACAAUAAAGUCAAGUAUUUCGUAAACUAUAAGACAACCCAGAUGCGGUUGCGCCGCGCUGGGGAUCACGCGAUGGACGCCACCGACAGCCAUUCCCCGCUGGCCAGCGAGCGGCCGCCGAGCACCACCGAAGACCAGGACGUGGACGUGUCCUCCACCACUGAGGAGGCGGAGCCGGAGCCCACGCUGUCCUACAGCCAUCUGCACGCCCAGGAGCCGGUCCUGGCCCCCCAGCAGGACCCGCUGGAGCGGGAGCAGGAGCAGCAGGAGCAACAACAGUGCCUUGAAUAUCUGGGCGAUUCCGCCGAGUCGAGUCCGCAGCACCUGUGCGGCCUCCAGUCACCUGGUCAUCUGCUGGAGCGGCUGAAGGUCCUGCGGCUGCGCAACUGCUGCGAGAGGAGCGUCUUCAGCUCCCUGCACACGCUCGCCCUCAAUGCCAGCCUCACCGAUCGGCAGGAGUGCGUCCGCGUGCUCAGCGACCUGCUGGACGUUGAUGGACUGGCCAACAGGAUCACCUGCGAGCUGGCCGAGAUCCUGUUCCGCUUCGACUGCCGGCAGGUCUACUCGCUGAUCAACCAGUGCGACGACUGCAAGGAAGCAUAUCGUCGCUGGGUCUGCAGUACACUAGUGCCAUAUUUCGCCGAGCCAAAGGACGUGUCGCCGCAGCCGAAGGACGAAGGACAGGGCAAAGGCAAACGCUCGGCGAGAAGUGCAGCGAGUGCGGAGGCGACGGCGAUGGCGAACGGAAUCAAGCAUAAAUCUCUGAAAUUAAUCAGCAAUAACUAUAAAUCAAAUAACGGCAAUAACAUGAACGAGCGUCAGAUUAAUCAGAAGCAUGACAAGAGCUCCAAUGCGCACGCGAACGCGAACUCGAACGCCAGCAAGGACAUUGACCGCAGCGCGGAGGAGGCGAUUGACAGGGACCUGGCCCAGACAUUCUACGACGUUGUUGGCCUGUCUAAGCCCCGCCGCGGCGAGGAGGAGGUCCUGCCGGAGGACGAGGCUGGAUUAGGACGCAGUGCGGACUCCGAAGUGGAUAAGGGUGCGGAGGCGGACAGGAAGAGAAGUAGGAACACGGAGGCGGAGCUGGAGCUGGAUACGGAGGCGGAGGCCGAACAACAAUCCAAUAAUUUCAUAUCGACUGCCAAUAAUUCGGAUCCCAGAGCUACGGAUCCAGUGAUAUCAAAACUACAGAAGAGAUCAACGCGCAAGACAGAGUUCCGUAAGCGUCGUCGUAUCCGGCCGUGCCUGAGCGUCUGCCAAACCGUGGAACAAAAGUGCCCCUACCUGCUGCCCGCCGAUCGCGCCCCUGCGCUGCCCACCCAAUAUGCCGGCGAGCCGACAUUUCUCUGCCUAGAUCAAAACAUACCCGAGACUGGGGCACAGCUGGAGAAGUCUAGCUACGGCCCCAACGAUUGCUGUUACAGCUACUGCAACGGACCGGCCUCUGGAAUCUGCACCGUUUGCCAGGACUUCAGCCAGCCCGGAACGGAGGAGCGCGAUGUCGUGGGCAACUCCACCCGCCGUGUGCACAACAUCACGCUGUCGCUGAGCUCACAUCCCGGCGAGCACGCCCGCGCUAAGAGCGUGGCUUUGGCCCUGCGGAACGUCAGCCAAACCGGGAGCGAUCCGGACGCAGUGGAAACGCUGCUCGACCGCCUGCCGUACUACGCCAGCCACGACGGGAUCUUCUACUACGACGAGGAGGGCGAGAUGCCGCACGCGUCGCUCUCCGGCGACUGUGCCGUAGUGCCCGCCGCGACCACGCGCUGCACCAUUCCGUACUACGCCUCCGGGACGGGCGCGGUGGCCAAGCCGCCCACGCAGUUGCUGGUCUGGCUGAGCGCCCUGCUCGGCCUGCUCAGCAGCUGUGGAGCGGCGCGUCAGAGGUGGAGCUGUCAGUGGAGCAGUGGCUGCGGCGGGCAUCGGACUCGCAGUCGCCAGGCGGUCACCUGCGAGGCCAACUGCCACGAGCAGGAGCUGGUGAAGAGCAGGAGCUGCAGCCAGAGGAGCCCGAAGGUGCGCAGGGAGAAGCCAGGUCAGGACCAGGACGCUGAGCUGGUGCCCUUCAGGACGUGGCGGUGGUCCAGCUCCUGGCAUGCCUACAAGCUGACCUGCAGAAAAAUACGAUACUUCAGCAGCCGGAGCAGGUUCAAAGGAGAGGCGAGGACCGCUCGUUCAACGAACUCCAAGGACCCAAGUGGAUUACAGUGGAGUCGGGGGGCAGGAUGCACUAGGACUAGGAACUACCGCUUCUUCUACUACUACAACUACAACAUCAACGACUGGUGGCGGAGAUGGUGGCGCUGCCUGAGCAGCGGGGCCUUAUAGUGCCUGCGAAGGAAAAGGAUUACCAUGACGACUCCCUCUCCGGCGGGGAGGCGAUACCAAGCACUAGUAAUAGCUAAGUCGGAAGCAUAGUAGAUGUGGCAAGGGUCCGGGAAAGACACACAGUGACACAGAACACAAAACCAUGGAAUACGAAUUAAACGAAACGGAAAACAGAAACCACUUAAAUAUUUAUGGUCCUCUUUCAAACGAAAUAAAAACAAGCAUGAAUUAAUUAUAAAUCUCUAUUGAAACAAAACAAAAAUAGCAUAUUUUAUUACAACUAGAACAAAGAAUAUGAAUAUUUAAUUAAACAAAAAGCAACUGCCACAAGAAUAGGUUUUUUAGAUAAAUGAUAACGGAAGUAUAAAACCAAACAAAAAAGAAAACAAAAAAACAAUUUAAAACGCAUACAACUAAAACAUAAAAGGGAUACCGACGGAAAAUAUAAUAAUAUAAAUAGUUAUUAAUGUAAUUGCUGGCGAACAUAAAUACGAAAAGUUUAUGUUAGCUACAAAACAAAAAGACGAAAGGAAAAAUCCAAAUUUACUAGACUACAAAUUUGAGUGCGGCGAGGCGAUUAGCGGAAAAUGGGGAAAACCCCCAGGUUCAACAUACAAUUUCAUUCAGACGACAACGUAUAGGCCGCGUAUCAACCACCUUUCAAAGAAAAGCGAAACGUGAACUUUACUUAAAUUAGUUUACACAUGUACAUACGCGCAUGUGUGUGUGUGAAGUACUAUAGUCGAGGUGGGAGCGAUUUAACUAACAAUUAAAACAAUUAACGGGAAGAAAACAAAAUGAAGCCGCAAAAGUGUCUAAAAAUUUCUUUAUUUAGUAUACAAAUAAGAGGAAGUAAACAUUUGUAUAACCCAAUGAAGCAAAAGAGCCAAAAUGAAAAAGGAAGAGUAUGAGUACGAGUAUGAGUAUGUAAAACGCACAGUAAACACGUAUCUUUAAGAUUCAUCGACCGACAUGGCGAGGGACUCUGGCCGAGAUUCGGAUUCGGGUAGCAACGGAAGCAUGUACGAGUAGAACCAUAAGCCACAUAGGACACAUGAGUCGCAUAUAUGUAUGUACGUUAGAUAUAGUCACAAUGUGCAACGUAAGCCGCAAAUUAAGGUAGAGAGGCGUGGUCAGAAGAACAACAAUAUACCUACUAUAUAAAUACUAUAAUAAUACUUUUUGUAAUAAAGUGAACUCUAUGUAGCGUAUAUAUAUAUUAAUUAUAUAUAUGAAAUAUAUAUAUUUAUAUAAUAUAUAUUGUCUUAACAACUUAUCGUACAUAACUUGCAGCAAAUGAAAACAAUGAGAAAAUCGAAACGAGAAACCGAAACCGAAUGCAAAACCGAAACCGGCGAAAUCCAAGCGUAAAUAAUUAAGAAAUAAUUAGUCGUAUUUGGUAUUAACUAAUUAACUAUUAAAGUAAGAACAAACAAUUUGAGAGAACCCUCUGCUAGAGCACACUCGCCCACACUCUCACAGAUAUAGAAAGACACCUCUUCGAGCACUCCUAAUGGUUCAGUUCAAGUUAGUUGCCCCCACCCAGCCAAUCACCCGAUAACCCAAUGACCCCAUGACCCGGUGACCCGGUGACCAGACAUCCGAUCACCCGACUUCCAUCUGUCACUCCACCUCUCUCACCCUCUCACCCUUUCUCGUUUUCGGAAAAGUCCUUUGUUCGAUCUCUUCUCAGAGGUCUACAAUCGAACGGUUCAACCCACUGCAGGCAGUGUCGGAAUUACCAGGACUUAAGUCUAUUAGGAUGCAUCGGAACGUUUCCCACACGACUGUCCACAACAUUUUGCAUUACCAAACUGACGAAAUUACUUUAGGAGGAGGAAGCAGGAGAGCAGAUGGCACGGAUUUUGUUAGGUGUUGCAGUAGCAACGUAUCGAUGUAACGAGCAGGAGCAGCAGCCUUCAUUACGAACCCUCCAUGUCUCUCUGGUUAGCCCCCAUACCAAUAACUCUUUGUAAAUACAGAUUACGUAUGAGCAACUCGCCUCGAAUCCAUCUGCACAGUCCCAUCCCAUCCCGAAGCAUCCACAUACGCCUAGCCUACGCUACACUUUCGCUCCUUCGAUUCUCCAAGUGACCCCCACUUGCGCCGCGUGCGGAACUGUUUCCAUCAAUGUGGCGAUGGUACGGAAUGACGAUGCCAAACUUUUCACUUAUAGUAUAGAGUAUAGGGGCGGAUGCAUGCCUUUUCUUGGGAAAACAGGGGCGUAAAAGCAGGAGAGGGGCGGUCAGGGCGGACAGGGGCAGAACGACACCGUUAUCAGGCACUUCAAUGGCGGAACGGAAGCGGAAACGGAGCAGGUAACGGUGGCGGAAACAGUAACAGAAACAGAAAUAGAAACAAAAGAGCAAAGGAACAGGGCAGAGUCAGCCGCUGGCACAAAUUGCGCGCAUAUAGAAUGCAAAUUGUUAUGAAUUAUUGUGUACUUUUGUAAAACUUUUUGAUAUAUAUAAUAUAGUUAACAUGAAUAGAUGCCUAAAUAAUAAUAAAUUAAAUGUUAAUUUAUUUAAAUGUAAACAAUAAAUAGAGAAGGACACUGGAGUAGGCCGGCGGAUGCGGACACGGAGGCGGACCGAGGUCGAGGCCCGUCCGGUUUGUUGGUCAGUGCGACUCGAUCCCGGGCCCCAAUCCAUAUCCGAGCCCCGGCAUUAGCGUAUGUACUAAUAAAUUUUAGGCACCGGAAAUGGAGGAUCCUGACGCCCCUUCGGCGAGGAUGACUCUUUCCGGGAGGCCGCGAUAUCCCUGUGCAUAGCGAAACUAGUUGAAUUGUGUACGUGUACGUGGGCGAAACCAUAGCUCUAGAUCUGAUCCAUCGACUUUGCAUGGUAGACAGCGCAUCGACACCAUCUCAUGCGGUUCAUACACAAUCGAGUCACGUUCAAAUCCAGAUCCGAAUCAAUAACCAAUUAGCACGAAUUAUACAAUAAUUUUUGUAAUUGAUUAGCCGCUGCCACACAAGCAAAAGCAAAACCAAAACCAAAAAUCGAAAAUUAACAAGCAAAAACAAAAACCAAAAACUCCGCUGCAGCGUUCGCUAGCAAUUAUUUUUUACAAAAACCAAAAAAAAAUAUUUCAAAUAUGUAAAAAAAGAGAUUUUUAAAAACCGAAACAAAAUUGGAAACACGAAAUUCUUUUUAGGCCAAAUGAAAUUACAUAAUUGUGUGCCAGGACAAAAGUGACAAAAUAUAAAAAAGAAGAAAACGUUAAAAUGUGUUGUAUUUAAUAUCAUGCAAGCAUGCACAGAAAACCGAACAAGGCGAAUAAAGAAAAACAAUUAAUAUAACGAAAUUCAUAGCGUCAAGUCAAGUUUAAUUUAAUUAAAUGAAAACAUAGACUAAUUUAAUGGAAAGCCACACAGCUAGCAGACGAAACAAAAAGUCUCCAUAAAAUUGAAUACUCUAACCAUAGAAUUUCCCGAAUGAAAGUUUGCAUAGUGAAAAAUCGAAUCCAACAAUGAAAAGCCCCUCCCGAAUAACAGUAAUUUAGUGGAAACUGAUAAAACGUAAAACCUAAAACCUAAACCCCACUUGAGACAGCUAAAACUUUAAAAACUAAACUGAAAUCUUCUGUACUUGUUAUUAAAAUACAAAACGUAAGGAUAAAGAAACAUAGAAGAAUCAACAAAUUAUAAAUAAAAAACGAUGAAAAGCCCAAAAAUAGAACACAAAAACGAAAUUUCAUAGUCCUUAAGCUAAAGUCUAAAACCAAAGAAAAUUAAAUUCCCCCAG